AUGUGGACGCUUUCUGAAGCAUCUCACUCACAAUAACAAUUUCCUUCUUCUUUUUUUGUUUUAAGGUAACAAUCAACGAAUCAAAGAUGGUGCACACUUUGACAUCACCAUGAGAAUCACGAAGAGCAGAGCACACUUUGUUACAAAUUACGUCGUCAUGCUUAUGAUUAUUCUGCUUCUGUUCAAGUUCAACACGGUGGUUGCCAGGGGUGGUGGUGGUGGUCACGGUGGCGGUGGUGGUGGUGGUGCUCACGGCGGAGGAAGGGGUCACGGCGGAGGAAGGAGUCACGGCGGAGGAGGUGAAGGCCGUGGUGGGCAUGGAGAAGAAGAAGGCGGGCGAGGGAUCGGAGGUGCAGGCGGUAUGGUUCAUCGACCACGACCAUUGACAAGGAGUGGAGAUUCUGCACUAAACCCUUUUGCGGGUGUAUCUUCGACUAUUCUACUGAUCAUCGUUUUUCUAUUUAACUAGAGCUUAACAUGUGUCUUCGCCAUCAAGGAAUUUUUAGGAAUUGAUUUUGUUAGGUAAGCUGUGUGAUCGUUAGUUUUAAGAAGAUUUGUCUUUUGACUCUUUGUGUUUGUUUAGACACAUGAAGGACAAUUAGUAAGAAAAAGAUGUUUCCUUUGUUUAAGAAAAUAUAUUUUUGCAAAUACGCUUUUGCUAGUUCCUAAAACCAAACUUAAG